ACCGGAAGUUGAGGAGGGGGCGGGAAGCUGCGGCCGCCGGAGGCUGUGAGGGGGAAUGCGGCUGCUGCUGCCGGUGGCGGCGGCGGGACCGGGCUCGGGAUGAGCUGGUCGGCGCGCUGCGGCCCCACCUCCGAGCGGCCGUCCCCGCGCGACGCGGACCGGGCGGCCACGCCGCCCCCGUCCCCCCCGUCCCCCCCCGAGUCGCCCAAGCCGCCCCCGGCCUCCGCCGCCGCCGCCGCCGCCUCCUCCGUCGUGUCGGUCUCAGUGCCCGGGGGCGGCCUGUUCUCGUGGCUGCGCGGGCGGCGGCUGGGCCGGGGCGGCUGCUUCGUGGAGCCGGCUCGGGACACCUUCCGGGCCAUGACCGGCCUCUACGGCGCCAUCCAGCCCGCCGACUCGGUGUCGCCCAUCACGCGCACGCACGGGGCCGUCUUCAACCUGGAGUACUCGCCCGGCGGGUCUGUGUUGACUGUUGCUUGUGAGCAAACAGAAGUCCUGCUCUUUGAUCCCAUUUCUUCAAAGCACAUCAAAACCCUCUCAGAUGCUCAUGAGGACUGCGUGAACAAUAUCAGGUUUCUGGAUAACAGACUGUUUGCCACUUGCUCCGAUGACACCACGAUCGCCCUUUGGGAUCUGAGGAAGCUGGACACCAAGGUGUGCACUUUGCAUGGCCACACCAGCUGGGUCAAGAACAUCGAAUACGACACCAACACGAGAUUGCUCGUGACAUCAGGAUUUGAUGGGAAUGUGAUCAUUUGGGACACAAAUAGGUGCACAGAAGAUGGUUGUCCUCACAAAAAGUUCUUUCACACUCGAUUCCUCAUGCGUAUGAGAUUGACACCAGACUGUUCCAAAAUGUUGAUCUCGACCUCUUCCGGCUAUCUUCUAAUUUUGCACGACCUCGACUUAACCAAAUCUUUAGAGGUGGUCAGCUAUCCCAUUUUAAGAGCCAGGAGAACUACAUCCAAUUCAGAUCUGGCGUCUUCCACUUCUUCUGGGCCGAGGAGCACCGGAUCUCCCUGUCAGCAAAGCGACUCAAGCCCACCGUCAGAGAAACACAUGGUACGAGCCACCCAGCGAGAAGGUGGAUCACCACGCAAUAGCCUCGAGGUUUUAACCCCAGAAGUUCCUGGCGAGAGGGACCGCGGGAACUGCAUCACGUCUCUGCAGCUCCAUCCCAAGGGGUGGGCGACGCUCCUUCGAUGCUCGAGUAACUCAGAUGACCAGGAGUGGACAUGCGUCUAUGAAUUCCAAGAAGGCACACCUGUGCGGCCGGUCUCUCCUCGCUGUUCCCUCCGAUUGACUCACUGCAUCGAGGAAGCCAACGUCGGCCGGGGUUACAUCAAAGAACUCUGUUUCAGUCCUGAUGGCCGAAUGAUCUCCUCCCCACAUGGUUACGGGAUCCGCUUGCUGGGAUUUGACACCCAGUGCAGUGAACUGGUGGACUGCUUGCCCAAAGAAGCUGCCCCCUUGCAAGAGAUCCGCUCGCUCUACUCUCAUAAUGACGUGGUCCUGACCACCAAGUUCUCUCCAACGCACUGUCAGAUCGCCUCUGGGUGCCUUAGUGGUCGCGUUUCUUUAUAUCAGCCAAAGUUCUAGGCACCUCUUGCCUCAAAAGGAACAACGGAUGUUUGUUUUUUAAAUUACUUCAGUUUAGUUGGAGUGUUCUUUUUUUAAAAAAAAAAAUCUUGUACAUUUUGGACAAGUACAGAGUUCCAUUGAUCCUCUGGACUGAACAGCAACACAGACUUGGUCCAGCCCUUGAAGUGUGUGCAUGUCUGAUACUGUAAUUGCAUAUCAGAGCCAUGCGUUAUUCCUCUUUGCCCUUUCUGAUCCCAUUGUUUGGAUAUGGUGCAGUGGGUUUCACAGGUCUUGUCUUUCCACAUGACUGUCAGAUGAGCUUGCGCAGCGGAGAAACGCUCAGCCAAGCUUCAUUUGCUUCGUUGUCACAAAGGAAUUGGACUUCAGUUCCUUGGCCUCUUCUAUUUUUUCUGGAUUUUAUGAUGAUUUUAUUUUUCCUACUCUGUCUAGGUAAUGGAGAACUUUUUCUCUUACACACUAGAUUAGCCACCACCAGCGAAAAUGUAACUUCCUUUGUGAACACUGACACGACUUCUCUAUCUUGUUUUGCUGUAGUUCAAUCUGUUGGCUGGUGUGUUUUUAAAAAUUAUACAUGGUUUAUUGCUCUCUCUCUCUCUCUCCCCCCACUCCCCUGACUAAAACCCAGGUUGGAAUCUUAACUGCUUGUUCUGGGUUUAUUAGAAAAAGAAAAAGUUUAUCAAGGUGAAUAGCUUAAUAUUUUACGAUUCUUGUAAAAUAGUACCUUCUAGAACAUAGAAGGAAGUAUUUUGCUGCUCACUCUAUGUACCCAAAUUCUGAGGAUGUAAUUGGUUGCACAAACCUUAUUUAAAUCAAGGCAAGGAAGGGAGCAAGAAUUGUUGGCAUGCCUCACAUGGAUAUAAAUGAUGUUUGCGUGGGAGAAUUUCCUGCCAGAUUUUGACCAGAGUCUUCUGCUGGGUCUGGAUGUUGUGAAAGGUUGAGGUUGAAUAAAAUCUUUUAAAAUCCCCAGUAAA